AUGAAGAAGAGCAGGAGUGUGAUGACAGUGACGGCCGACGAUAAUGUUAAAGAUUAUUUUGAAUGUAGCUUGAGUAAAUCCUACAGUUCUUCUAGUAACACACUUGGGAUCGACCUCUGGAGAGGGAGAAGGUGUUGCUCAGGAAGCUUGCAGUUGCCACCACUGUCCCAAAGGCAGAGCGGAAGGGCAAGGACUCCUGAGGGAGAUGGCAUUUCCAGACCGACCACGCUUCCUUUGAUGACACUUCCGAGCAUUGCCAUUACAACUGUAAGCCAGGAGUGCAUCUGUUCUAUUCAAGCCAAGCCUACUGUGGUGAUCUUCAUGGAGACAAUUCAGUGGUUUCUUAGCAACCAAGUUUCCUGUGGUUUCCUUGGUUAUAAGCAACGACAUAACUCUUGUGGGCAACUUCAAAAGCUCAGAAGAAAACCCUCCUUCUAA